AUGUCUCUGAUACAACUCUCAAAUCGAAGCGUGGUCGUUUCAGUUUCUCCUCCUUUGGGCGUUAUCAUGUCUGAGAAAACUCGAAGCUUUUGCAAAGCCACUCCCUCCAAUACCAACACACACACUUCCAUGGUUGAAGCUUCCCACUCCAAAGUUCGCGUCUUUGUCAGGAGAAAUAAAAAACCCAGAAAAAUGUCUGUCAAACUUGAAGAAGGGGACCAUCUUCCGUCGGCCCAGGAUCACAAGGUUUCGGUUACACAGAAGUUUGGCCUUCCAGAAAUUGAAGAAUUUGCGUACUGUGGAGCAAAUGAAUUGACUCGGCGUGGGAAAUCUGAAAUGGAAUCGGAUGUGGCUUCAGUGGCAAGUGAAGUUCCUUCAACUAGACCUGGGGGUGAAUCACCUGCCCACUGGGUAAAGGUGCUUGAGGGGAUUCGCAAAAUGAGGUGUUCUGCAGAUGCACCAGUGGAUACCAUGGGAUGUGAGAAAGCCGGUGAUACAUUACCUCCUAAGGAGAGAAGAUUUGCUGUCCUGGUAUCUUCUCUUUUAUCUAGCCAAACAAAGGAUCCUGUUACUCAUGUUCUAGUUACAAGUGUGUUUCUAAGUAUAGGAGCAAUUCAACGCCUUCUUGAAAAUGAUCUGCUUACUGCCGAAGCAAUCGAUAAUGUUGAUGAAGACACUGUCAAGAAGUUGAUAUACCCUGUUGGGUUUUAUACAAGAAAAGCCACUAACUUGAAAAAAAUUGCAAAUAUUUGUCUCAUGAAGUACAACGGAGACAUACCAAGCUCAAUUGACCAACUACUGUUACUUCCAGGCAUUGGUCCUAAGAUGGCUCAUUUGGUUAUGAAUGUUGGAUGGAACAAUGUCCAAGGGAUAUGUGUAGAUACUCAUGUCCACCGCAUUUGCAACCGGCUUGGGUGGGUCUCAAGAUUGGGCACAAAACAGAAAACUUCAACACCUGAGGAGACAAGAGAGUCCCUGCAACGGUGGCUUCCAAAGGAAGAAUGGGUUCCAAUAAACCCUCUAUUGGUAGGAUUUGGACAAACAAUUUGUACACCUCUAAGACCUCGUUGUGGAGAAUGCAGCGUAAGUAGCUUGUGUCCCUCUGCCUUCAAGGAGACCUCAAACUCAAGCCCAUCUUCCAAGUCCAAAAAGCCCGGGCUGAACAAGAAGCCUUCACAAUGA